AUGAAGAAGAAAUCUUCUGUCAUUUGUGGAUCUGAAGACGCCUCAAAGGAUUUUUUCAUCCAAAUUUACAAUGGCGUUGGCAUUGAUUUACGAUUCGAGGGCAUAAAAUAUCAUGACAUUUCUGGUGUCUUCAAAUGCGGUCAGCUAAGUGCGAUCAUGGGACCUAGCGGUGCCGGUAAAAGCUCAUUGCUUAACAUUCUUGCCGGAUACCGCUCCAAAAACGUGUCUGGUGAUAUAUAUGUGAAUGACCACGAAAGAAAUCCUCAAGAGUUUCGUAAAAUAACUAGUUACAUUAUGCAAGACGACUUGCUGCUUCCGCACUUAUCGGUUGAGGAAACCAUGACUUGCAGUGCUAACUUGAAGCUAUGCGAGAAAUCUGACGCGGAUACAAAAGGAAAAAUAGUGAGUGUUUUGUGCUUGUUGAAUAUCGAACGCACUUAA